AGCCGGCUGCUGGGGAGCCUGGACUGGAACCGCGGGCGGAAGGUCGGAACAGGGAGCGAGAUGGUGGCCAAUAGCGCGGAGCCCGUGGCCUCGCGUGCCGCCGCCGCUGCUGCUGUCGUCGCUGUGGCGGGAGCCUGCUACCCCGAGGUUAAGCCAGAGCUCACAACCCUAAAUUCCUAUUCAUGGGGCAAUGACCCAAGCUUGUGGAAAGAAACCGUGCACAGUGAGGAGGACAUGGUCCAAACAGGGGACAGUUUCAAUCUUUACAGAUCUCAGGUAAACUAUAAGAAACAAGGAAUGGACACCCAGUUAUUCAGUCCUUUGCUGGCUGAGAUUACUGAUACACCACCUCUGGAAUCUUCUAGUUUAUAUAGUAACUGGUCAGUUUAUGGAGAUGACAUUAACCCACCCACCGCCUUUCAAGACUAUACCAAUAAAAGAGCACAAAUCAAUUUAUCUUACCCUGGAAAUGGCCCUGAAACAUUUGGAUUGGUUUCCAGCAUUUUGGAGGAGCCAAAUAACCCAGAGCCUGUUACAGACUGGAAUUCUUUGUCCAGACUUCUUCCUCCCAUGUGGACACCUAAUUUUGGUAGUGAUGGUGAUUGUUCAGGAUAUUCUCUCAAGAAUUCUGUUGAAGAUUUUUCAAACUUCAUUGAAACACAGAAUUUCGGUCAAGGACACUUUCAGACAUCACCUGAUAUAGAGAACUUACAAAGUACAUUUGAUGACCUUACAUUGGUAGAGUCUUGGCUUUCUCCUUCAGACCAUUCUGAUCAGCUACCUGAUAAUAUUUUCAAAAGUACUCACCCGGAUAAUUCGACUUUUAAAACCAAUGCUCUUAUUCAACCAGGAGGAUUCACUUUGCAGAAUGAAGAAUUCAAUCAAAGGGAGACUAAUUAUGAGAACAUGAAAUUAAAUAAUGAUUAUGAAAAGAACUGUUCUCAUCUUAACUCUUAUUUUCAAAGUAGCCAUGAAGAUAGUGCUAGUAUUCAGAAGGAAUCUUGGAAACCUGAACAAGCAAACGAGAACAUAAUGAAAAUUAAUAUCCAGGAAGAAAUGAAGUGCUCCAAUGAUUUGGGCAGUGCAGCUGCUGAUCCAUAUAUAUAUCAUGAAAGCCAUUUGCUUCCUAAAAUAAAUGAAGGUAUGAUACCUUCUCAGCAAAUACAAUUGUCUAUUCCACCUCCCCUAUGCUUUGUCAACCAACCAUUGCCUGAAGAAAAUUUGUCAGCAAUAAUCGACAGGAAGUCCCAGGAAACCAGCUCACCAAAUGAUCCCAGUAACUUCAACAUUAUGGGCAACUUUGAAGAUAAUGGACGCCAAUUUCCCAUAAAUUCGGAAGGAAUUCCCUCGAAACCCCUUGACUACAAUUUGUCUCUAAAUGCUGCUUUACCAAAUGGAAACUGUCAGUCAUUCUUCAGGGAGCAUACUUGGGUGCAUGGUAAUGUGUUCAGUCCAGUUCCUGUGAAUUCUGCAUUUGUGAAGCCAAUGGGCUGUCAGCCCUCUUCUGGAGUUCCAGUCUUUUCUGGCGGCACUCCCAUGCAUCAGUCUGUGAUUUCUCCUUCAUGUUACCUGCAGACACCACCAGAACCCUUUUUCAGGAAGGAAGGGAGGUUACACAUACCAAAUGGCAUUCAUAAUGGCCUGGGAUUUCCCAAUUCUGGCACUAAAAAUCAGAAACCAAAUACACAAAUGGGAUGUUUUCCCCACGACCCAUCGGCCACUAAGGAUCAUCGUUAUUGCAAAGUUCCUGCCCAUUUGUCAUCCAGCUGCCUGUUGCAGCAGAAUGCUGCUAGUGAACACUCUGAUAGAUAUAGAGGCCGAAAAAAACAGAAUCUAGAUGACAGAAAAGCGAGGAGAAAUUUGAUUCCCCAGCCUAGUCACACCGGUCAGAACCAUCAGCAGUUUACUAUUUUCCAAAAGAAACAAGAAAAGAGUGGUGUUAACAUGUCAGAUUUCAUCAAUCCAUCCUUCCUUCCUGUUUUGCCUUUAGUGUCAGAGCUUAAACAAAAUCCUAAUUUUACCCCAUUUAACCCUUCUCCCUUUAUGUCAACAGCUAACUUAACUUUCCCACCAUCAACAUUUCCCUUUUCAGAGCUUGUUGACAUUUUCCACUAUGGUGACUUUAACAAUUUGAAUCCCUUUGUUAGUGAUUUCUUUUGUAGGGAAGUAACUCCACCAUAUUUUGCCUUUCCACAACCUUUUAACAAAUACCGGCCUCCAAGAAAUCGUAGGGGACCUGCUUAUGAACUUCAUACCCAACUGGAGGAGUGCUAUGAGCAGUGGAGAGCUCUAGAAAAAGAACGGAAAAAGACUGAGGCAGAUCUUGCAAGAAGCUUUCCAGGAAAGAGGGUCUCUAGUUCAAAUAACACUCCUGUGUCCCGACUCCCUGCCAAUCCUUCCCGAGUUGAUCGAUUAAUUGUGGAUCAGUUAAAGGAACAAGCCAGAGUUUUGACCUUACUAAGAAAGAUGGAAAAGCUUCGUGGUAGCCCUGUCCAUGAAAAUAUAUCCUUUACUCUGGAACAUCAUUUAGAAACCAUUCAUGCUACGCAAGCCAAGCGUAAAGAUGAACUUACUAAUGCUGCUAAUUUACCCCAACAAGGAAUUCGUUAUAACAAUGAAAAAGAUGUCUUGGCUCUGGCAUUGGUCAUUAAAGAGCUUGCCCUAGCAACACGGAAGACACGGACUGCUUUAUGGUGUGCAUUGCAGAUGACUCUGCCCAAAACUUGCUUCAGGUCGCCUGUGAAACUGGAAGAGAUUGAAAGGGUGUUACAAGAACUGUGUCCCCAAAAUGCCGGUGCCCAGGAGAAAAUCAUUAUGAAACAUGAAGAUCAUGGAAUAGAAAAGGGAAGUGGAGAGCACAAAGUAGAUUCUUGAGUCAUUGCUUAAAAAUCCUCGGGGCAAAAGCACUUUUCCAAUUAUAAGAAUUUCCAGGUUCUCAAAAAAAAUGUUUUUUUUAAAUAACCGAUGGUUGCAAAUUGGUUAUUGUGAUGUCAGAAUGCAUGUUUCUAAAGAGGGAGGUGGCAUUUCUUAUAAUAUUGCAAUGUAUUCUCUGUGAAAUAUCGGAUCACUUAGGAAGAUGGAGGUAGCUGAAUGUUUCUUUGCUUCUUUCCAAUCUGAAAUUAACUGGAGAAAGGAUAACUAACCUUUGUGACUGAUAAAUGAUGGCAAAGCACCUGGAGAGUCAGUUUUCCCCAGGAAGUCUGCAAAGCAUACAUUGAAGUUUGUAAAAGGUUCUAAAAAUCAUUUGGGUGCCAGAGUAAUUUGGGUUUUUAAAGACAUUUUUGUCUAACUGUACCAGAGCAGGAAAUGGAAAAUCUUUCACAUUUUUUCCAAAUUGGUUAAUUAUUUAAGCUAUAGUGACUUAAUUUGAGAAAACAUUUCAUGUGAUCAUGUGGUCAAUUCAGGAUUUUUAGCUGGUAUAAUGAUCAUAGCUGAAUUCCUAUUUUACUAGUCCCUAAGGAAACAAAGGGACUGAGAGGUUUUUGUAACUUAAGUAGCUUGUUAAAGUUACCAUUAACAGGUGAAUUAAAGUACACUCAGGAUUUGAAAUCACAUUUACUAAUUCUGUAUGAUGGAUUUUAAAGUAAUCGUUUAACUUAGUAUGCACUUAAUCAGAAGUAUGGCUAUAUGUAUUAGUUUUUGGUACUAUAAUUUCAUAAACAUUCCAUAUUUAUUUAAUGUUUAUUUAAUAUUUUAUUUUAAUAAUAUGACAGUGGUUUGUCCUCCCCCUUUUUUGGUUAAAUUUUCCUAAUCAGAUUUAAUGAUUUACUCAGGAAAUGAAUUGUUAUAUGCCUCUAUAUAAUGUUGCUACACACACACACACACACACACACACACACACACACACACACACAGGGGUAUGUGUGUGUGUGUAUAUGUGUGGUGUCCACAAAGUCUUAGUGUAGUUUAGAACCUUAGUACGCUUACAACUGCAUUAAGACUUUAAGGACACCUGCAUAUGUAUAAACACAUAUGUAAAGUAAAUGGGUUUUUGGGUGGGAAGAGAUGGUUGCAAAAUAUUUACACAAAGCUAACUCUAUACUAGGUUACCAAAGUUGUUUAACUGAAUUGUUUUAGCAUGAAAAGUUAUAUACUCUUAACUAAUUCCCAUACUGUGGCUUAGACAAUCAAAUUGUUAUGUGUUAAUUUGAAUAUGCACGAUGAAAAAUUAGAAAGAAGUCUUGUCUACUUAGACUCUUUAGGACUAUUUUAAUACUUUAAUAAUCAUGUCUUAACGUUUUGUUUUCAAAAUGCAUUAAUAACCAAGUCAUCUUCAUAGUGAUUAGAACAUUGGGGAGAUUUGAUGGUAGACCCUGCAGUUCUUUUUUUUUUUUUUUUGUAGGGCAAUGAGGGUUAAGUGACUUGCCCAGGUUCACACAACUAGUA